UCUGAGGUCGAAAAAAAGACCAACGAUGAAGCUCCCGAUGAAGUUGAUCAGAUUUAGAGAGAGGCUGAUACUUGGCCUCAGUGCUUUUGCGAUCCUCUUCACCAUUUUUUUGGUGAUGGAUCUUCAACUGGAUCUUGGGUAUAGUGGACAUCACUUGGUUCCGAGUCAUGGGAGGGUCAAGUUCGGAGAUGAUCCUAAUCGAGAUACUGUGUAUAAUAAUUUUAGGAGGAAGUUUUUGCAAAGAGUGAAUGGGAGUAAGGAACAAUCGGGAGGGGAUCUUUCUGGUUCGGGUCAAACCGUGAAAGAUGAUGGGGUUUUGAAAAAGGUUGAAGGGAUCGAAAAACCAAAAGUGCAUGAUGAUUUUUCGGAUCUUAUGGAGUUUGUGAUAAGUGGAGAUGGUGUGAAUGUGGAUGAAGGUGUUGUGAGGAUCAGUGGGGAGGAUCAUACGGACAAUCCAACGAUUGGAGAAAUUAGGAAGAUUCCAGUAAGAAAAAACAUGACUACACUGGAUAAAUUCCACUGGCAAAUCAGCAGGUUGGAAAUGUACCCAAAGAAUUCGAUAUACGUAGAUAAACUUCUUCAUGAAAUGGCGACGAUGCCAAUUGCUCAUGUUGACGAGAAGACGGGUGGAACACAACUCAAAUUAAUUAUAGACUACGAGAACCACACCCAGGCACUUUUCAAGCCAAUGAGGUUUCCUCGGGAGCAGCAAACCUUGCCGAAUCACUUUUACUUCACCGACUACGAACGACAUACAGCUGAGAUAGCUGCUUUCCACCUGGACAGACUUCUGGGAUUUCGCCGAGCCAUGCCAGUAACUGGAAGGCGAUUGAACAUGACGACAGAAAUUUAUCAAAUUACAACUGGGGAUAUUCUGAAAACGUUUUUCAUCAGUCCAGCGGGCAAUCUCUGUCUGCAUGGUCGAUGUACUUACUACUGCGAUACCUCUCAUGCAGUCUGUGGCAAUCCGGAUUUGCUGGAGGGCAGCUUCGCCGCUUUUCUACCUGAUAAGGAAGUGGCCAGCAGAAAAGUCUGGCGACAUCCUUGGAGGAGGAGUUAUCAUAAACGCAGAAAAGCUCAAUGGGAAGAAGACUCCGACUACUGUUCGCUAAUUAAAGAGAUUCCACCCUACAACGAAGGCCACAGACUUUUGGAUCUAAUGGACAUGGCUGUUCUGGAUUUCCUCAUGGGAAACAUGGACAGACAUCACUACGAAACUUUCAAGAUCUUCGGAAACGACACGUUUCCUUUGCACGUCGACCAUGGUCGAGGCUUCGGAAAACCAUUUCAUGAUGAAAUCAGCUGCUUGACUCCUCUUCUGCAAUGCUGCAUGAUAAGGCAAACUACCCUUGGGACUUUACUAAGAUUUCAUAAUGGACCCACACGAUUGAGUGACGCCCUGCGUCAAAGCAUGUCAAAGGAUCCUGUUUCGCCAAUCCUGUGGGAACCGCAUUUCGCCGCAGUUGACAGAAGGGUUGGGAUAAUAUUACAAGCAGUCCGAGAUUGUGUUAAUCGAAGCACACAACCGGAUCAGGUCAUUCAAGAUGAUAAGAGCUCCGCCAAUGAUUAGCAGUGUAUUCUGCUAAUUUUUAUUUCUUAACCAAAGGUAAAGGGACUUAGAAAAAGGGUGCUGUAGGGUCGAUCAAAAAAAAUAUAUAAUUAAAAAAUUAAAGGACCCAUCCUGAUAAUUCGAAUAGAAUACACAAUUCUGUUUCUAUUGAGGGUUGUCGGCGGGGUCAAUCAACGAAAUUCUCAAAUUCUCUAUUCGCAGUUUUGCAUUUUUUGUGCAAGAAGAUAUUUCGAAAUCUGAUCAAAUUUUAUUAAAUUUAAGAAGAUACUUUAUUAAUUAUAGAUUUACAUAUUAUCUUUAUUUUCGUUAUUUGAAUUAUAAGAAGAAAAUAUUUUUCUGAUGAGGGUGGGACGAAAAACCCGUAUUUUGAAAACCAGCAAUGAGGCGAAAUAUUUUUUUUCAAUUAUUGAUCUAUUUUUUUACCAGUUCUCUGUGGUCCGAAAAAUGAUGUGCAAUUUUUUUGAAAGUAGAGCUUUUUUACUUAAAAAUAAUAUAAAAUUAGAAAUUAAAAAAAAAUUCUUCAAGUUAGAAUUUUUUGAAAAGGCCGAAAAAACUC